ACAUUCGUCUGUGACUUCAUACUAUCCAAAGUAAUAGAUUCAGGGUGCUUGGACUCAUAACAUAUAUGUUGACAGUUAUGGUAGUACACACUAAAAAAGAAUUAUGUGUAUGUGCACUAUAUGUUUUGUGUAUUCAUAUGAUUAAAUCACAAGAUGGUUGGUUCGGACCAAACAAAGAGUUCAAAUGUCACUGUGAGUCAAGUUGUAGCUCUGAUGGUUCGUGCCUUGGUAAUGGAAAAUGUGCCAGAGGCUGGUUUGGUCUGAAAUGUCAAUACCAAGAUCUCACCAUAUUGGAAAACACUGUGACAACGCCAAAUGUAAGCAUGCUAACAGACAGAGAUGACAGAACCUGUAUGAAUAUUUCUGGUCAGACUAUUGUCAUUACUUUUAACAGAACUUAUGUUUUUACUUGGUUGAGGGCGACUUUGAACGACUCGGCGUCAUUGCCAGGACUGACCGUCCAGUUUAGUAAAACUACAUCCAUGACCUCAAAAUUAGAAUGUCAGAACCAGAAAAAUUUCCUUGUGGACAAUUCUACACUUGACAUACAAUGUGAUCUGUCAGAAGCUAUUCAAACUGUUAUCAUCACUGGAACAGGGCCAACAUCGCUUUGUUCGCUGUAUAUAAACGGAGGUCGUAAUGUCGCACUGAAACAAAGGACUUGGCAGACUAGUGAUUACUCGGAGCCAGCUGCAGGUACAUUUAAUGCUUCUAAAGCUGUAGACGGGAAUACAAGCUCCAAUUUUUACGGUGUUUUAAGCUGCUCACACACAAAUGAUUUCGACCCUAGACCGAUGUGGAGUGUAACUUUCCCAUUAUCCGAGAUUACAAGAUAUGUGAUAUACAACAGAGAUGACCUUGUAAUAAAUCGACUUGCCAAAUUUGUUCUAAGCGGAGAAGAUUCUGCCAUUCAAAAGUUUAGCUACGUCGACGCCUCUGAUACUGGAAUACCAGUUUAUAUUGUUACAGAUCCUGCUAAAAAUAACUUAACCCAAGUGAAGAUAAACACAACACAGUUUGUGACCUUGUGUGAAGUGGAGAUUUACGGAGAAUGCAUUGCUGGCACCUAUACAACAGCAGGUCUUCAAUGUACUAACUGCCCAGCAACAUGUCAAAACAUUUGUCAUCUCGAUAGUGGCUCUUGUAGCAUUUGUUUUGGUAACAGCAACCCACCAGCUUGUACUCUAGCAUGUCCUGCUGGUCAGUGGGGUGUAAACUGUACAAACACUUGUAGCGUAAAUUGUUAUGGUCAAUCGUGUGACAAGACAACCGGGAUUUGUGACAAGGGAUGUCAAGGCUUUAGUGAUCCACCGAGCUGUACAACAGAAUGUGCUAAAGGAAACUGGGGACCUAAUUGUCAGUUCGACUGUAGAAACAAUUGUUUUAACUUGUCAUGUGAUAGACGGACUGGGAAAUGUGACAAUGGAUGUGAUGGUUUCAUGGAUCCUCCUGAUUGCAUUGUGGAAUGUAAAGCUGGAAAAUGGGGACGCAACUGUGUUAACGAGUGUAGCUCCAAAUGCAAAAAUCAGUCUUGUGAUAGAGUUACCGGACUUUGCGAAUACAUCUGUGAUAGCCUAACAGAUCUCUCCUGUCCUGCUGAUUGUCCAAAAGGUUAUCACGGUUCCAACUGCACUCUAGACUGUUCCUCCACCUGUAAAGAUCUGUUAUGUAAUAGACUUGGCUACUGUAUUGCGUGUGUAUCUGAUUACACAGGACGUUACUGUGAGAAAGUGCAACUCGGUCUAGCAUCAGAUACCAGCGGUCUAACAUUUUCAUCAGGUAUUGGUAUUGGAGUAGCUGUUGGUGCCGUCGUUAUCAUCUUGAUUGUUGUUGCUAUAGUUAUUAUAUGCAGAACCAGACUCACCGCAUUAAGAAACAGUAGCAAUGAAAACAUAAAACCUGGAACUCGACUGCAGAAUUAUGAUAAUGUGAAACAAAUAAAUGAAUACAACCACUCUUACGAACGCUCAAGAUCUACUUUUGAAGAAGUUCAGUCAGAUAAAAAAGAUGAACGAAAAGGCAACAAAACAAUACAUUACGAGAAUACUUCAAAUACAGUUUAUGAGACAAUAGGAUAAGAACUCAAUUUUUUUUACACCGUAUAAUACUGCAUCAAUGUGAAUUAUCAUAUUAAUGUGAAAUACGUAUGUGAUAUGUAUUACUGCAUUAAUGUGAAAGUCUUGAUUACAGAGAAUAUAUGGGUGCAAAGCACUACUGCCUGUAUGGAGAUUGUCAGGUCCAUCUCUUGGGUCAUUGGGGCUUACUUACGAACAAUUACUGCAUUUCUAUAGUAAACACUUAGGGAUAACAAAUAUAUUUCCAAAAGAAUCCAGAAAAACUUUAUCUCUCACAACUUUAUUAUUUAUAUAGAAACCACUCAGUAAUAGAAAACAAAAAUCCGUCCUCUUCUACUAUACAAACUAGCACAAACACCAGUCCAGGAAACAACUGUCCAACCAUCCUGGACUGGAAACAGGGCCCCCCAUGACUAACACAUUCAGUUAACAUCAUGUGUAGACUAUUCAUAUUCAUAACCUGAGAGUAACUAAACAAAGGGAAAUAACUGUCAUACCAAAAUAUCAACAGAGUUAAAUAUUCACUCUCGCCAUACCAGCCUCUGAAAGAGAUGUAUACUUUAUUCGUAACCUUUAAAAUAUCGCACAAAUACCAAUGCAGUGCAGGUGGCUGCCAUGAUGGAAUUUAUAGGGAAAAGAAAUUCAUUCUUGUUUCCAAGAAUGUCCAAAAAAAAACACAUUAUGUUUCUAUCAAUUUAAGUUCUUUUUAUACAAAUGUUUGUAUGUAAUCAAAAUAAUGUGUUAUUUGUAAAAAAUAGUUCGUUUAAGAGUAAAAAUAAUAUUGAAUAUGUCAAAUAAUGUAUUUUUAUUAAAUCGUUUGUGUACACAUGUUUUAUUAAUACAAAUAAAGAUUAUUUUAAUAAACAUGUAACCCACUGUCCAUUCAUUGCUCAGUAAAAAAGAGAGAGAGAGAGAGUGAAAGAGAGAGACAGAGAGGGUGAAAAAGAGAGACAGAGAGAGUGAAAGAGAGAGACAGAGAGACUGAAAAAGAGAGACAGAGAGAGUGAAAAAGAGAGACAGAGAGAGUGAAAAAGAGAGACAGAGAGUCAAGGCACAAAAAAGAGACAUAGAGAAAGAGACAGAGAAACACAAAAAGAGAGAGAGAUAAAAUGAGGCAGAGAUUAAAAAGUCAAAGAGAUAAAAAGAGACAGAGAUGACUGAGAGAAACAGAAGCAAGACAUUUAUUUAAGUCGUAAGACAAGACAUUUAUUUAAGUCAUAAGACAAGACAUUUAUUUAAGUCAUAAGACAAGACAUUUAUUUAAGUCCUAAGACAAGACAUUUAUUUAAGUCAUAAGACAAGACAU